AUGAAGUUCUCCGUCGUCUCCAUCAUCCUCCUCGCCCAAGGCAUCGCCGCCAUGCCCUGGUCUAAUGGCAGAGCCAUAAUGGGCGAAGAAAUCACUCUUCGCAUCCAAGUUUCUGGCUCAUCCGCCAACCGAGAUGUCAAGACAUUUCCCAAACCUAAUGGACGUGUCGACUUCAGUACCGAGGAAGUUCGUCUCAAGGUGUGCUGGUCUGAGGAGCCUAAGUGUCCUGAAGGAUGGAACCCUAAGAAAUUCGGUGACGGUGAUUACGGUUGUUGGACCUGCUGCAAGUCUUUUGACGAGGACAGAUAUCUCUAA